AUGAGAAUUUUAGACGUCAUAACUGCAAGCAGAUUCAUAUGGAAGCACAGACAGCCAAUUCCAAAUUUCAAGUUCACUGCUCCAUACAUCAAAAGUUACAAUGAAGAAAAACUUUCAAAUAUCACUUUAGGAAAAUUAAUUGAUAUCGAUUCCACUUUUGUUGAGAAAAGUGGAUUGUAUCAUCAAACCAAACAUGGUAAGGCUCACUAUUCUAAGUUAAGUAUUGAUUCAAAACCAUUAGAUAACAAUACUGAAAUCGGAUUCAAGGUUUAUACUUCAUAUGGUAAUAAAGGCAAAAUGUACAAUGAAUUCAAAUCAAUGAAAAUGGUUGUUAAUGAUCAAAUCCAUAAAAAUCAUUCUAUUCAUUACUCAUUUGAAAUUGUUCGCAAAGGUAUCACAGUAACAUCGAUUUCUGAGGAUGGUUUCAUUCCAAAGCAAUCUUCUAAACUCGCUAACACUUAUCUCUCUGAAAUUUUAGAUCGUAUUAAUCAUGAGGAAAUUACAUCCCCACGUGGAUUUAAGCUCACUCUCACAAAGCUUCACGACGACUUAAAUCAAGCAAAUCCGAAGCCAAAGCAGCCAAAGAAGCAGGAAACAAAACCUAAAAAAUAA